ACAAUAUAAAUCCCGAUUCGAUAAGCACGAUUACUGAUAUAACCCAUCUACAUUUAUGUAAGCGUCACACAUGACACAUUCAUCUUGUAUUUUUAUACUAUUAUUACGCGUUUGCUAUGGCAUCAACUACGAUUCCCAUAAUCCUGUGAUUCAUUUUCUUCCCCCUUUCGUUUCUGUUUAUUCGAGACAUCGCCAGAGCGGUCUAAAGCGGCUCAAGGGUACCGGGAACUCAUUUCAGCACCAUAGCGAGGCAGCCAAAGCCUUGCGUGGGAGGGACUUGCAAAACCUUUCCAUUCAAUUACCCUAGGAACAGCAGAAGGGAAUGCUAACGCGUGGAGAUAUAGAAAAGGUAUUUAAACGAGUCCGUAUAUGUCUAAGUCUACGAAACAAAUAAUUUGUGGGGUUAAGGUAUUCUCGAAAUGUCGUGAGACGCCACGGGGAAAUUGCAAAAAGAAAGAACGGAAAUAAUCUAAUGGCUUCUCUGGAGCUCCUUUACAUAGAUAAAGAAGGCAGACAAUCCGAUCCAGAGAGCAGCGAUUUAAAUCCGCUGCAUAUUCAUAAGUCAAGUAGUUCAGUCGGCAAGACAAUUUCCAGAGAGCACCAGAGCAAUUCGGCUCAGAGGGCAUCUGCUUGCGAAGGACAAUGUAAUUCAGCACCAAGGACGGCUCCACCGAACGGGGGGUUGUACAGCACGCACAACCAACCGGCCCCGGAGAACGAGGUCAAAGUGUGCUGCGACGAAGAAUUGGAGACAUCUUUCACGUACGUAGACGAAAAUGUCAACCUGCAGAGAGCCAGUCCGCAGCUGCCCGGGAAGAGUCCUCUGGGAAUCUCAUGCCACAGCUCCUCCAGCGAGAUUCGUCCGGAAGGUUUCCAGGAACUCUCAAUGAUGUCCGACGACGAGCUCGCCUCGGAUGCCUCGGGUAAAUCUGUGGACUAUGGGUUCAUCAGCGCGGUCACGUUUCUAGUAACCGGAAUCUCGCUUGUGGCCGUCUCCUAUGCGGUCCCUCGCGAUGUAAAAGUGAACCCGGAAAGCGUGUCCGCGAGGGAAAUGGAGCGGCUGGAGAAUGAGAGCGCCAGAAUUGGGGCGCACUUGGACCGGUGUGUGAUAGCGGGGCUGUGCCUACUUACUUUGGGCGGGGUGGUGCUCUCCACACUGCUGAUGAUAUCUAUGUGGAAGGGCGAAAUGUACAGGAGAAAGGCUUUCGCAUAUUCGAAACAGUCCGCCAAACUGUACGGCUCUACCAAUUUGAGAAUGAGAUCAAGCCCGUCUCAGGCUCCUUCACAAGUGUCAAUUGAUGAGGCGGAUGUGGACACACUAACCUAAAUGGUCUUAUCCAGCUAGUAGAUUACUCCCCUCCAUGUAAAUAACACACCCCAACAAGAAAAAGUGCAGGCUUGAUUACUUUCUGUGAAAACAUACAUAGAGACAUGGUGUGUAAAACAUUUGAAGAAGCUUCUUUAUAUGUAUCAAUGCCACAGCAUUAAACUAAUUGGUUGUGAUAUUUAAUGGAGCUUUCAUAAACGUUCCUAAUUAAUUGCAGGUCAGUAAGAUGUGUGGCACUGAAACUAUGUUAAAAAUAUUUUCACUGUUACUUUCUUUUGUGCAUGAUGACAAACAAAUUAUGUGAAAUUCUGUACAAGUUGCAUUUGAGGCACUGGAUAUUUAUUUAUAAAUUAGAUUGCUUAUUGAGGCAGCUUGUGUUUUUUUUUACUGAAGAUGUCAUCACUGAGGAGUGUAUUCAUUAUUAAAAGUAUUCAGUUUUAA